AUGUCUAAUUGGAGUUCCGAUCAAGAAGUUGAUGAAAUUGUAGAGGAGGAAGUAGAUAGUAUAGUGGAGGAGAUCCAAUACAACUACACUCACCCGAAAAUACCACCAGCUCCAAUAAUCCGAAGAGUGCACAUUAAUAGAGACCGCAAAGAAGGCCACACUCGGUUGUGGAAUGAUUAUUUUAGUGAUAAUCCGACUUACACUAACACUAUGUUCCGUCGUCGCUUUCGAAUGAACAAACCAUUGUUCAUUCGUAUUGUUACUACUAUUGAGAAUGGAUUCCCAUACUUUAGACAAAGGCGAGAUGCUACUGGAAGGCUCGGUCUUUCUGCACUUCAAAAAUGUCCGUCAGCUAUUCAUAUGAUUGCGUACAGAUGUUCGGCAGAUGCGGUGGAUGAAUAUUUAUGA